AUGUAUCAAUGCGAAGUAAGUGGGGGUUGGUCGUUCGAAUCUCCUCAGCUUUACAUUCUUCCCAAAUCUCUCUGCGUUUCUUGUACGUUCUUUCUCUCUCUCUCUCUCUCUCUCUCUCUCUCUCUCUCUCUCUCUCUCUCUGACACGUUUCUGCAACAGGCUGGUCAAGAAUGUUGGUGUGGAAAUAAUUAUAGCAAAUACGGAGUAUCAAGGAAUUGCAGAAUGCGAUGCGCUGGAAAUCGCAGAGAGAUUUGUGGUGGCUCGUGGGCUCUAUCUGUUUAUGUUGUUGGCCAACCUCAGUUCAUGACGGGUAGAUGUGGAGGCUACCCUGGAUAUUGCUACCCAGCUCAAAUCCACGACAAAGAUUCUCAUCUACUUCUGCUUGAUAUUAACCCUAAACAUCCCUGUCAUGGCCGUCUCUCUCUCUCUCUCUCUCUCUCUCUCUCUCUCUCUCUCUCUCUCUCUCUCUCUCUCCCGAAGGGGUUCCCACUCUCUCUCUCUCUCUCUCUCUCUCUCUCUCUCUCUCUCUCUCUCUCUCUCUCUCUCUGGCCUCUGUAUUAG